AUCCUUCAGCCUCUCAUACAAUCUCAGAGCACAUACACACCAUAUUCAUAUUUGGCAAUUCCUCUUCUUCAUUCUUACCAUUUCCAUUGAGCUAUGGCCUCAAGCAAAUUAUUCAUCACAGCUUUCCUUCUUGCUCUGACCUUCUCAAGCAUGAGCAUGAGCCUAGCAGCUCGCCAUCUUAUGCAAACAAGUACUGCACCAAAUUUGCCGGGUAUUCCAAGUUUGCCUUCACCAACAUUGCCACCUUUGCCUUCACUUCCAACACUGCCUCAGGCCAAUGUUCCACCUUUGCCUACUAUCCCAACACUUCCACAACCUAACCUACCAUCUUUGCCAACCACUUUGCCUCCACUUCCCAGCAGCAUCCCUACCAUUCCAACACUCCCACAGCUCAACAUUCCUCCAUUGCCCUCAAUUCCAACCACUAUGCCCUCCAUCCCAUUCCUCUCCCCACCACCUUCCACUCCUUAAAAUACCUUUCAUAAUUUCAUCCUGGGCUACCUACGCCCUCUGACUUGGUAUAUCUCUGCCAAGUUGCAUGCAUGCAAUAGAUCGAUAUAGUUUGAUUUCUUUCGCGUUUGUGAGAGCAUUAUUGUAUGGUGUUAUCAUAGUAAUAUUUUUGUUGUUUGUUGUGAAAAACAGUGUAUUUUCUUUUCAAUUUAUGAGUUGUUUCUUGUUACUGUUUGUAAUUUUUUAUUAUUAUAUUAUAGAUUGUGACUGAUUACACAGAUA